CGCCGCGCCCGCUCCCCGCUCCCCGCGCCGCCGCGCUCCUCGCCCCGCGCCUGCCCCCAGGAUGGGCCGUGCGAGACACCAGCCGGGCGGGCUUUGCCUCCUGCUGCUGCUGCUCUGCCAGUUCAUGGAGGAUCGCAGCGCCCAGGCUGGGAAUUGCUGGCUCCGCCAAGCGAAGAACGGCCGCUGCCAGGUCUUGUACAAGACCGAACUGAGCAAGGAGGAGUGCUGCAGCACUGGCCGUCUAAGCACCUCGUGGACCGAGGAGGACGUGAACGACAACACGCUCUUCAAAUGGAUGAUUUUCAACGGGGGCGCCCCCAACUGCAUCCCCUGUAAAGAAACGUGCGAGAAUGUGGACUGUGGCCCCGGGAAAAAGUGUCGAAUGAACAAGAAGAACAAACCCCGCUGCGUCUGUGCUCCGGAUUGUUCCAACAUCACCUGGAAGGGGCCUGUCUGUGGGCUGGAUGGAAAAACCUACCGCAAUGAAUGUGCACUCCUCAAGGCCAGAUGUAAAGAGCAGCCAGAACUGGAAGUCCAGUACCAAGGCAAAUGUAAAAAGACCUGUCGAGAUGUAUUAUGUCCAGGCAGUUCCACGUGUGUGGUGGACCAGACCAAUAAUGCUUACUGUGUGACAUGUAAUCGCAUUUGCCCAGAACCCACCUCCUCUGAGCAGUAUCUCUGUGGGAAUGACGGAGUGACCUACUCCAGCGCCUGCCACCUGAGAAAAGCUACCUGUCUGCUGGGCAAAUCUAUUGGAUUAGCCUAUGAGGGAAAGUGUAUCAAAGCAAAGUCCUGUGAAGAUAUCCAGUGCACUGGUGGAAAAAAAUGUUUAUGGGAUUUCAAGGUUGGCAGAGGCCGGUGUUCCCUCUGUGAUGAGCUGUGCCCUGACAGUAAGUCGGAUGAGCCUGUCUGUGCCAGUGACAAUGCCACCUAUGCCAGUGAGUGUGCCAUGAAGGAAGCUGCCUGCUCCUCAGGCGUGCUACUGGAAGUCAAGCACUCCGGAUCUUGCAACUGAAUCUGAAAACCUGAGCCAUUGAUUCUUCAGAACUUUCUGCAGUUUUUGACUUCAUAGAUUAUGGUUUUUUUUUAAUUUUUUAAAACUUAUUGCAUAACAGCAGAUGCCAAAAACAAAACAAAACAAAACAAAAGCAUCUCACUGCAAGCCACAUAAAAAUGCAACGCUGUAAUAUGGCUGUAUCAGAGGGCUUUGAAAACAUACACUGAGCUGCUUCUGCGCUGUUGUUGUCCAUAUUUAAACAACAGCUCCCCUGUAUUCCCCCAUCUAGCCAUUUCGGAAGACACCGAGGAAGAGGAGGAAGAUGAAGACCAGGACUACAGCUUUCCUAUAUCUUCCAUUCUAGAGUGGUAAACCCUCCACCAGUAUUCAGUGUUGACAUAGCCUUUGGGCAAAAAAAAAAAAAAAAAAAGAAAGAAAAAAAAGAAAAAAAAAAGAACAAAGAAAAGAAGAAAAAUAUAUUGUCCAUACUGUAAAUAAGUGUAUGCUUAUUUAUUUGGGGGGAAAACUAUACAUUACAGGACAUUUGUCCUAAAGCGCUCUCCCAGGCCACGUUGUCACUCAUCGGACAUGGAGAGGCGGUCAUUGUGAGGUCUACUGGAUGAGGCCCAUAGUUGAGACUUGUAGACAUUUAUUUAUACUGUGUCAUGUUUUAUAAUUUAUACAUAAAAUGUCUGGUUGACUGUACACCUUGUUUUUGAAGAAAUUUAUUCGUGAAAGGAAGAGCAGUUGUUAUUUAUUGUGAGGUCUCUUGCUUGUAAAGUAAAAGCUUAUGUUUCCUUGUAAACCAUUUAAGUCCAUUCCUUGCUAUUCACUCACUCAUCUGUCUCCCUUCAUUUCACUGUUGGACUCUUCCACUCCUAACAAACUUGCAUGUCAGUUUCUGUCAUGUUUAUUUAUUGGAUUCUCUGCUGCCUGAUCUGUACAUACAUGAUCCCUCGGGUUUUGUUUACAAGGAAUCUUGACUGACCAAAAGGCAUUAUAACUCUGACUCAAAUACAAGGUACAGCAGAUGUGCGUCUUUGAGGAAACUCCUACUUCAGUUCUCUUGUUAUGGUGAAGAUAUUUGUGAGAGAGAGGAUGGUAGUAAUGUUAGAAUUCUAAUAAUGUAUAUGUAAGAUGUCCAGGUCCAAAGAAAUGAAGUGAUGUGGGUGUUGGGAGUCUAAAGGCAGGUGAAGGCUACACAUUCAACCUUUUGUUAGGUGUUUCCUUUAAGCUAGUUGACUGUACCUUUUAAAUUAGUUCUUUUUCAACCAGUGUGUCACUAAAAGUUAUAUCAAAGCUUUAUCAGUUCAAGUUUCUUGCUUUUCAUAAUACUUUUUUCUGAUGCAAUUUUAUAUUUUCAAACAUGGCAAGUUAAAUAUAAAUUCAUUUAAAUAUAUAGUUUUGUACUUUUCUACCAUGUAAAUGUGCAAUGUAUAUAAAAGUUAUAAUGUGUAUUUGUAAAUAAAUGAUGAGUGAAAAAAUAAAAAAAUUUUAAAAAGC